AUGCUCUCUAAAGAGGAUCCAGAUGAAUGGGAGGCAUCUGCUGGCAUGCUGGGCAACGAGCGCCCCCUAGUUGAAGGGUUUGGAGCUCUCCACUUCUGCGGCCAGCUCGCCUUGACAGCCGACACUGGCGCAGAGUCUGGGCUCAAACCUUUACCACAUUUUUCUUCCAGAGGGCUAACAUUCAUAGCCAUACGUCCCACUCAUCCUCUACUGGAGACAAGCGUUGGAGCGGCCUCGUCUAGAAUGGGGAACCGAGACGACGAAUACGAUUUCUUGUUCAAAGUUGUGUUAAUCGGAGACUCUGGUGUGGGGAAGAGCAACCUGCUCUCUCGAUUCACAAGAAACGAGUUCAACCUUGAGAGUAAAAGUACCAUUGGGGUGGAGUUUGCCACUCGCAGCAUUCAGGUGGAUGGCAAGACGAUAAAGGCUCAGAUCUGGGAUACAGCAGGACAGGAGCGCUACAGAGCCAUCACAUCAGCAUACUACAGGGGAGCGGUGGGGGCGCUGUUAGUGUAUGACAUAGCCAAACACUUGACCUAUGAGAAUGUGGAGCGCUGGCUGAAGGAGCUAAGAGACCACGCUGACAACAACAUCGUCAUCAUGCUGGUUGGCAACAAAAGCGACCUGCGCCACCUCAGGGCUGUGCCCACAGAUGAAGCCCGGGCCUUCGCAGAGAAGAACAAUCUGUCAUUCAUAGAAACCUCAGCCUUGGACUCAACAAAUGUUGAAGAAGCCUUUAAGAACAUCCUCACAGAAAUAUAUCGCAUCGUAUCGCAGAAACAGAUCGCUGAGCGGUCUGCCCACGACGAGUCCCCGGGAAACAACGUGGUGGACAUCAGCGUCCCGCCAACAACGGACAGCCAGAGGGGGGGCAAACUACAGUGCUGUCAGAACCUGUAACCCUCAGCAAUGGUCGUCUCUCACCUGGGUCAAUUAUUGAUUGAAAUGCACAAUGUGAUGUUCCAUCAGCCCCGGGUGCAAAGUUUUCAGAUCAGUGGAAGUCAGUUCCAUAAUGCCACAAAUGAUGAAACCCAGAAGGAAGAGUUUGUUUUCAAAUUGUAAUCUGAUCCAGGUACAGCAAGCUACAUUCUGGUGAAAAAAAAACAGGACUGAUGGUACAUCGUAAGCAGAUGCCACAGCUAGUUAACCGUCAUAGUGUAGCAGAAUAGCCUUGCCUGUGACCUUUGCAUAAACCCAUCUCUUCCAACCACCAAUUUAAAGCCUUGGUUUUAGACCCUGCCUGUUUCAUUGGUAUCAGCAGUCCUGUUUUUGGGCUUCUCAAUCUCCUUCAGUCAUCAUCUCAAAAGUGAUUGUGACACUGCUGACGCUUCAAUUUUGUGUAAAAUAUAUUUUUUUCUUUUUUCACUUUUGUUUGUUUUAAUUUUGAUAGCUUGUCUGCUCACAUACAUUAUAUCAAUGCCAUGAAAUAAAUUUUACAAUAUGAUUUUGUCAUGAUUUUGAGAAAUGGACACCAAACGUACAACUUGUAGCGGUGAUCUACUGCUGGACAUAUCAGGAUUUGUACUGUAAAAAUGAAACUUUAUUUCACUUUUCAGGUCUAAAGCGAUUGGCAUUAAAUUAAACCAUUCAAGAAAUUAGAACAAAAACCACUUUCAAAGUGAGUAAAGAAACAAACAGAGCUCAUCC